AUGGGUGAUGAUGAAUGCACGGUGACCACCAUGAGUGUUCACCACUCUCCAAAUGACACCGUUUGUACUCAACCACUGCCUGAUGAUACCACUGUCAACAACCAACAGCUUCCUUCUCCAACUGCCGACGUACUCUCCAAGCAACUGCCGAAAGAACUCAUCAUUGAGAUCCUUUUGAGACUUCCGGUGAAAUCCCUGCUUCAAUUCAAAUGCAUUUGCAAAUCAUGGAAAACCCUAAUCUCAGACCCACAAUUCGCAAACAACCACUUUCUGACCUCAACCGCUUAUCCACAACUGUUAUCUGCCGCCCUUGGAGUCUGCCGUAAUCCUUACGAAAUACUAUCUUAUCCUGUUAAACCAUUGUUGGAAAAUCUAUCAACUCCUAUUACACCACUUAACUUCAGCACGGGGCACUGUUACGAUAUUCUAGGUUCAUGCAAUGGUUUGAUUUGUUUGUAUGAUAUUCAUCAAUCUAAUUUCACAUUGUGGAAUCCUUCUAUCAAUUUGAAAUCCAGAACAUAUCCAACCAUUGCUUCGUCUGAUAAUGACGUUGUCGUAUAUCAUGGUUUUGGCUAUGACCAAAUUAACGACAAGUACAAGGUGCUAGUAGUUGUGGAAGAUGAAGAUGAGGAUGAGGAAACAUUGGAAACUGUGACCAGAAUAUAUACCUUUGGUGAAAAUUCUUGCACAACUGUUCCAAAUUUCCCGUGUGAUCCUCACAGUAAUUUAGGUAUAUAUGUGAGUGGCACUUUGAAUUGGGUAGGUAAUAAAAAUAAUAAGGAGAUGAUUAUUUCCAUUGAUCUUGAGAAGGAAAUUCGUGGAGAAGUGUUGCUACCUCAACAUGAUGAUGCUGACAAUGCUCGCAGUAGUGAGUUGUAUGUUUUGAGUGACUGCCUUUGUAUGUGUUUUGAUAAGGAAACUCAUUGGACUGUGUGGAGGAUGAAAGAGUAUGGAGUUGUUGAGUCAUGGACUAAAUUGAUGAUUAUCCCUCAUGAGGAGUUUCAGUUAACUUGGAAUCCCUUGUUCAUGUCAGAAAAUGGUGUCGUUCUGGUGAGGACAACGCGUUCAAUACUUGUCCUGUAUAACUUAAAUAAUGGUCAGAUUGAUUAUCAUAAGAUUUGGGACAAUCUUGUUGGGGAGAUGCAUAUUCACCGUGAGAGUCUAGUAUCGCCAUAA